GGAGCAGAGGGGCAGGGCUGUCGCGGAUUAGUGAGGUCGAAUGUGCUCUGGUGGUGGAGGCUGGUGAACCGUGGUGAAAAUGUUGCUCUUCUGCCCGGGUUGCGGCAACGGGCUGAUAGUGGAGGAGGGUCAGCGCUGCCACCGCUUCGCUUGCAACACGUGCCCUUACGUGCACAACAUCACCAGGAAGGUAACAAAUCGGAAGUAUCCAAAGCUGAAAGAAGUGGAUGAUGUGCUGGGGGGAGCCGCUGCCUGGGAGAACGUUGACUCCACUGCAGAACCAUGUCCCAAGUGUGAACAUCCUCGAGCCUACUUCAUGCAGCUUCAGACUCGUUCUGCCGAUGAGCCUAUGACUACUUUCUAUAAGUGCUGCAACGCGCAGUGUGGACAUCGCUGGCGGGACUAGUCUUGGAGCCUAUUCCUGUUGGCAGACUAGCUGCAUUGAUGUGUGCCAUGCUCAGUGUUCUCUAGUUGCUGUGUGACUUGGGGAGAGCUGCCAGUUGGGAAUGUAUUUUAUGUAACAUAUAAGUUGUGGAAAUAAAUGGUGGAAAUCUUU